CAGUCAGAGGGGGCGUGACCAGUCCCGGGGGGGCGUGUCCGGCGGCGCGCAGCGGCGAUAAAUGGCGACGACGCGCCUCCGCUCGUCCCCGCUCCAACUUCUCCCUCAGAGGACAAGACGCACCGAGGAGCCUUGACACACGUGAGGAUCAGACCACAGCAGACAACAUGGUGAAGAUCGGAAUCAACGGAUUCGGACGUAUCGGCCGUCUGGUGACCCGUGCCGCGGCCACGGGGGGCAAGGUGGAGGUGGUGGCCAUCAACGACCCCUUCAUCGACCUGGACUACAUGGUCUACAUGUUCAAGUACGACUCCACCCACGGCGUGUGGAAGCACGGGGAGGUGAAGGCCGAGGGCGGCAAGCUGGUGGUGGGCAACAUGCACAUCGCCGUCUUCCACGAGAGGGAUCCCGCCAACAUCAAGUGGGGCGAUGCCGGCGUCGACUACGUGGUGGAGUCCACCGGCGUGUUCACCACCAUCGAGAAGGCGUCUGCUCACCUGAAGGGCGGAGCCAAGAGGGUGGUGAUCUCCGCUCCCAGUGCCGACGCCCCCAUGUUCGUCAUGGGCGUCAACCACGAGAAGUACGACAACUCCAUGAAGGUUGUCAGCAACGCCUCCUGCACAACCAACUGCCUGGCUCCGCUCGCCAAGGUCAUCAACGACAACUUCGGCAUCGUCGAGGGUCUCAUGAGCACGGUCCACGCCGUCACCGCCACGCAGAAGACCGUGGACGGUCCGUCUGGGAAGCUGUGGAGGGACGGACGUGGAGCCUCCCAGAACAUCAUCCCCGCCUCCACCGGCGCCGCCAAGGCCGUGGGCAAGGUCAUCCCCGAUCUGAACGGCAAACUGACCGGUAUGGCGUUCCGUGUCCCGACCCCCAACGUGUCCGUCAUCGACCUGACUGUCCGUCUGGAGAAGCCUGCCAAGUACGAUGACAUCAAGAAGGUGGUCAAGGCCGCGGCCGAGGGUCCCAUGAAGGGAUUUCUGGGAUACACAGAAGACCAGGUCGUGUCCACGGACUUCAACAGCGACCCUCACUCCUCCAUCUUCGACGCCGGCGCCGGCAUCGCGCUCAACGACCACUUCGUCAAGCUGGUGUCAUGGUACGACAACGAGUUCGGCUACAGUAACCGCGUGUGCGACCUCGUCCAGCACAUGUUCUCCAAGGAGUGAAGUCCUUCCCAUGAUGCCCUCUGUUCCCUCGCCUGUACCUGGAUGACAUGCACAUCCGCCCCGGGAGCAAACUCUUCUCAUGACGAUAGUAAUAAUAAUAUUAGGAAUAAUGUUUUCUUUAAUAUCACAGAGUCACAUCUGUCCUGUUUGCACGGAUGAGUAUUCCAUUACCGAACGGUCCCGCUGCAUCAAAGCUGCACGGGAUAAUAAAGUCUCUCAGUGUUGA